CCUAAAACCCUCCUCUUUCCCGCCUCCAACCGCCCAAACUGCCGUCUCUGUCCCUCCAACUCCUAACCCAAAUCAGAAACCCGCGGCCCAUUCCAAUGCGUAUGGGAAGACGACGGCAAGGAACGCCCGGCAGCGGCGGCAAAUCUUCGUCUUCAAUUUUCAGAAAAUCCCUGUUACGCGAUAUAGCAUCAUGCCCGAUCAAAAACCCUAGCGAAGACCAGCUGGUGAGCUUCCUUCGCUCCAAUUACCCCAGAUACGAACGCACGAAGCUCCGGGAUUUUUCUAGACACGUCCGCAACCUCCUCGAAGAAACCGCCAGCAAUAGUAGGAAAACAAAUUCUGUCAUUAAUAAGGAUGGUGAUAGUAGUAGUGAAAGUGAAAAUGAUAGGUCCGACCGGGUGCAGAAGAGGCCGAGGAAAUUGGAUAGGGCUGAGGCGAAAUUGCAGCAAAUGGAGAUGCAGCAUUUGAUUAAUAGUAGUCGGCAUGUUGGGGUUGAGGAAACUGGGGUUUCUAGUGUCUCGCCGGGGUCUAGCGAAGAAGAGGUUUCAACUUCAUCGUCUUCAUCCUCAGAUGCGAUUUAUGGGGAGGAAUAUGAGCCGGAGUUUGAUUUGAUGAAGUCUCAGCUGAGGGAUAGGUACGGUGAGAAAGGAAAGGGGGUUGGGAAGCGAAAAGGAGUGGCCGCGAAUGUUGCAGUGGUGGAAAUGGAGGUGGUUAAUAAUAAUUCUAGUAAGCGCAAUCAGAAAGUUGAUUUGGUGAAAGAAGGGCGAAUUGAGAAGAGGGAUUGGAGGAAAAAAGGAGGAGGAGGGGAGAAUAAUGAUAGUGAUAAUGGUGGUGCUGGUGUUAAAGGGCCAAAGUUUAAGGAUUUAGGUGGGAUGAGUAGAGUGGUGGAGGAGUUGAAGAUGGAGGUGAUUGUCCCACUGUAUCAUCCGCAUUUGCCGCAGCAUCUUGGAGUGAGGCCUAUGGCUGGAAUUUUGUUGCAUGGACCACCAGGCUGUGGGAAGACUAAGCUGGCUCAUGCUAUUGCUAAUGAGACUGGUGUUCCCUUUUAUAAAAUUUCAGCUACUGAAUUGGUGUCUGGUAUUUCAGGUGCAUCAGAAGAAAACAUACGGGAGCUAUUCUCAAAAGCAUACAGGACAGCACCUUCAAUUGUAUUUAUUGAUGAGAUUGAUGCCAUAGCUUCAAAAAGAGAAAAUCUGCAGCGUGAAAUGGAACGGCGUAUUGUAACACAGUUGAUGACGUGCAUGGAUGAAUCAUACAGAAUUGUGAAACCUGCCGAUGGAAAUGCAGAUUCGGAAAAUUCUGAUGCCAGACCCGGUUAUGUUUUGGUAAUUGGAGCUACAAACAGGCCUGAUGCUGUUGACUCUGCUUUAAGGAGGCCUGGACGGUUUGAUCGAGAAAUUGUUUUGGGUGUUCCAGAUGAAAAGGCAAGGGUUGAGAUUCUUUCAGUGCUUACAAGCAAUCUUAAAGUCGAAGGUUCCUUUGAUCUUCUGAAGAUAGCUAGAGCUACUCCGGGGUUUGUUGGAGCCGAUCUGGCGGCGCUCACCAACAAGGCUGGCAAUCUUGCAAUGAAGAGAAUUAUAGACCACAGAAAGGACGAGCUUUCCAAAGAGAAUGUGGAUGGUGAAUAUGCUGAGGAGUGGUGGAAGCACCCAUGGUCACUUGAAGAAAUGGAAAAGCUAAGUAUCACCAUGGCUGAUUUUGAGGGAGCGGCUAAGAUGGUCCAACCAUCUUCUAGGAGAGAAGGAUUUUCUGCCAUUCCCAAUGUGAAAUGGGAGGAUGUUGGAGGGCUCCAUCUGUUAAGACAGGAGUUUGACCGAUAUAUAGUUAGGCGUAUAAAGUUUCCUGAAGAAUAUGAGGACUUUGGAGUUGAUUUAGAGACAGGAUUUUUGCUUUAUGGUCCUCCAGGCUGUGGAAAAACGUUGAUUGCUAAAGCUGUUGCUAAUGAAGCUGGAGCAAAUUUCAUACAUAUCAAGGGUCCUGAGCUCCUCAAUAAAUAUGUUGGUGAAAGUGAGUUGGCAGUACGGACUGUAUUCAGUCGUGCAAGGACAUGUUCUCCAUGCAUACUUUUCUUUGAUGAGGUGGAUGCAUUGACAACAAAGCGUGGUAGAGAAGGGGGAUGGGUUGUUGAGCGGCUUUUGAACCAGCUGUUGAUAGAGCUAGAUGGUGCUGAACAACGAAGGGGUGUUUACGUAAUUGGGGCAACAAAUAGGCCUGAAGUCAUGGACAGGGCUGUCCUUCGACCUGGAAGGUUUGGAAAGCUUUUGUACGUGCCACUGCCUACUGCUGAUGAACGUGGUUUAAUCUUAAAUGCUCUUGCAAGGAAGAAGCCCAUAGAUGCCACGGUUGACUUAAUGGCAAUUGGAAGAGACAGUUCUUGUGAAAAUCUGAGUGGAGCUGACCUUUCUGCACUGAUGAAUGAGGCUGCUAUGGCUGCCCUUCAUGACAAACUCUUGUGUGAGAACACGAGUUCGGACGGCACACCAUGGACCAUCAAAGAUGAGCAUUUUAAGCGGGCACUGGAGAAAAUCUCUCCAUCUGUCUCAGAUAAACAAAUACAAUACUACCAAGUCCUGUCUGAAAGUUUCAAAGCAGCAUGAGGUAGUCUCAAUUUGUCCUGUCAAUCGAUUAUCCAUUUUCUUCCCUAUAAAUUCAAUGGCCAAGGAGCAAGGAAACUCGACAGAAACUUGAAGCCAAUUUUGUGCGGAGUGUAUAUAUAUUGAUAGAGAGUCGUAUGCGUAAGUGCAUCACAUCACUGUCUUGUAACGUAGAUGUUUUGCAGCUUACAGAGAUUUUGACAAUCUUAGCUCUGUGAUGGGACAGUCCAGAAAUAGUUUGUAAUUCAUGUUUUCUUUUCGUGUUAA